AUGGUGUCUACCUACUCUCAGGUCAUGGACCCAGACGACCCUCGUGUUACUGGUGUCAAGGCUAAGUACCUCGAGGAUCCACAUGAUAUUGAAAAGAACACUCUACGGCAAAUGGACUACCGUCACCGUCGAAAACAUCUCAUGCGUGUAAAGAUCGAAUUUAACGUUACAUCAAUGGUUAAUCGUCAAGAGUUUCUAAUCAAGCUAGCUCGUGCGCUCAUGACAUUCGGUGCACCAUCUCAUAGAAUCGAAUCGCAACUCAUAGCAGCAGCUCGCAUUCUCGAAGUUGAAGCCGAAUUUAUUCAUUUACCAGGCGUCAUUAUUUGCUCUUUCGGAGAUCAGGAUCUAGGAACCUCAGAGACUCAUUUCAUCAAGUGCAAUGGAAGACUUGCGCUAGGAGCGCUACACAAGGUGCACUUAAUUUAUCGUUCGGUCGUCCACGAUGAGAUAAGCGCCAAAAAAGCAAGUAACGAAUUGGAAGACCUCCUGAAGGCUCCGCCCUUGUAUUCGGCCGCUUUCCGGUGCCUGUUGGCGUUUUGCCUUUCUGCGCUCAUUUGUCCCUUGGCUUUUGGGGGUUCCUUCCUAGAUAUGUGGAUAGCUGGUGCAGGAGCGUUGAUUAUGUCCUUGCUUCAGCUCUGCGCAGCCAAAAGUACCUUAUACGCGAACGUAUUUGAGAUCACAGUGGCCAUAUUCGUGUCAUUUUCUUCAAGAGGUCUUAGUAGCAUUCGGAGCCGGAUUUUCUGUUAUACCGCAAUAUCUUCCGCCGGCAUUGUCGGCAUUCUCCCGGGAUACUUAAUUUUAAGUAGCUCCCUCGAGCUUGCGUCAAAGAAUAUUGUUUGUGGUAGUGUCAAGAUGGUAUAUGCCCUCAUUUAUACCCUGUUUCUGGGCUUUGGUCUCCAAAUAGGCUCCGAUUUCUAUCUUUUGCUUGAUAGAAGUAUGCGCCGUAAACUUGAUACUCUCGCCGCGUCUCUAUCAUCCACUACAAUCCUGGCUGGAAGUUGGGUUGCGGACAACAGUACAGAUAAUGGAACGCUGCCCGUCGUCGGAACUUGGACAUUCACGCAUGCUGUACCUUCCAACACAGCGGAUAUCAUCGACGGAUGUUAUAGACCAAAGCACUUUCCCUGGUUCUUGCAGCCCUUCCCAAUGUGGACUGCUUUUCUCAUCGUCCCAACUUUCUCGUUAUUUUCGUCACUGGCCAAUUUACAACCCUUCCGGAGCAAGCAAUUGCCAGUUAUGGUCGUGAUUUCAUGUGCAUCAUAUGCAUCGAACAAAAUCGCUAAUCAUUACAUCUUCAACCGUUCUGAUGUCGUAUCUGCUAUUGGAGCUUUCACGGUAGGCGUGUUGGGCAACGCUUAUUCACGAAAGAUGGGUGGAACUGCGUUCACCUCCAUGGUAACGGGAGUAUUAUUCUUGGUUCCAUCUGGACUCUCACAAGCCGGAGGAAUAACAGCUAACGGAAAUGGUAUAGAUAUCGGGGGCGCAAUGAUCGCAGUCACUAUUGGUAUCACUGUCGGCCUUUUCAUGAGUCAAGCACUAGUCUAUAUGUUCGGGACGAGAAAGAACGCUGCUGUGUUUUCAUUCUAG